ACCAUCUAGAAGCUUCUUAUAUAGUUACAACAGUGUGUGCCUCUUUCAGAGAUUAGGUCUUUUCCUUUUCCGAGAAAGUGAUCUUGAUUUGUGUUUCUGUGGAUGUAUUUCUGUUCACUGUACCUAGCUAGCUGGGUCAGCAAUGUCAUCGCCGUCAUCGUCAUCGUCGUCGUCGUCGUCCACGAGGCACCGCUGCCUGAGCACAGCCGAGCCGGAGAUAGGGUCGGCGAUGCCAUCAUCCAUAGUAACAUUGAGGACGCUGUGACGUACGGCGUUUCUGGACUUGUAUAAAAGCAAACAGCGUGUCGACUAUGGCCGUCGAUGCCGAAUCACACCACAUCGCAGCGAGCACCGACAUCAUCGACACAGACAUCAAGACAUUCAGCAUUCUUCCAUCAGCAUUCAGGCCAUAUCACCAUAUCCCGUUCGUAAUGACAAGCUCCAUCGAUCUAGCGCCUCUCACCAUGGGGGCGGGGAGACUCUUCGUCACAUCCCAGUUCUGCGCCACGGUCCGCACACCGCCAAAAGCUCUCUCCCUCGCGGGGCAGACAGCCAUCGUCACCGGGGCCAACGUCGGUCUAGGCUUGACGUGCGCAGGCCAGCUGCUGGAACACGGCCUGUCUCGCCUCAUCAUCGCCGUACGGUCCAUAGAAAGCGGGAAGGCUGCGGCCAAGGCCCUCGGAGAGAAACACCCCGCCGCCGCCAUCGAGGUCUGGGCCCUGGACAUGAUGUCGUACAGGUCGAUCCAGGCGUUUGCGGACCGGUGCUCCACGCUAUCGCGGAUCGACGUCGCCAUCCUGAACGCCGGAAUAGCUAGGGAGAGCUUCAACCUCUCGCCCGAGGGCCACGAGGAGAUGGUCCAGGUCAACUAUCUGUCCACCGUUCUCCUCUCCGUCCUCCUCCUGCCUUUGUUGAAGGAGAAGAAAACCGCUGGGAGGCCCGGCCGGUUGACCAUCGUCAACUCGGGCGCUACCUUUAGUGCCAAGUUUCCGGAGCACGACAAGGUGCCGUUGAUAGCGGCGUUGGACGAUGAGACGAACUUUGACCUCACCGAUAGAUACCAGACAUCCAAGCUCCUGGGCCAGCUCGUCAUCGGCGAUAUUGUCGAGUACGUCCGUAAGGAGGACGUCAUCGUCAAUCUUGUUGACCCGGGCCUGUGCAAAGGAACCGGGCUUCAUCGGCAUCUGGGCGGCGGACUGAGGGCCGUCUUCGGAGUAACCAAAGCCAUGACCGGGAGAAGUCUCGAGGAGGGAGCGUCGACGUACCUUGAUGCCGCUGUGGUCCGGGGAGACGAGACACACGGCAGCUUCCUCAUGGAUUGGAAGAUCCAUCCGUUCGCCACGUUUGUGUACACACCAGAAGGAAAGGCCAGCGGGAAACGGCUUUGGGAUGAGACUCUUCAGGAACUGGAAUUCGCCGGGGUGCACUCGAUCCUCCGCUCCAUGAAGUCAGAUUCGUCAUGAGGGAUCCCCCUCUUUCUCCCGCUCACCCGGGAAUGUGCGGACAUGACAUAUCACGUCGGGCGUGGUUCGGUGAUGUUCAGAAGGCCUGGCUACAAUUGGGCUUUUGUCAGACAGUCAGCAAGUACUUGGCAGUUAGAGUAUUCAUAAGCAGUAGGUUCGGUUGUAUACAUAGCAGUGACGAUAACACCAACUCAUCUCGAUCAACAAUAGUUCCCUCAGACUGCGUCACUUGUUGCAAAAAGUCCCUGCAUAUCUUGUUGUAGGUAGGCCAUCUGUGCCGCAGGUGGACCGCAAGCAUCAUGAUGUGGUGGCAAGCUGCGGUUAGGAAAUGACCGACACUUUGAUACGCCGUCGGAAGCUCCAGAGGCGAUAGGCAUGGCGUGCUCAUGACACAACUAAGCCUAUUCGUUACAGGCCGCACCUGGAGGAUCGCGAACAACAACGUAGGUGAGGUGAUGGAUGCGGAAGACUAGAUAGAUGCCUCGCUCAGUCCGGGUCACGUUCACUGAGACGCAAGAACUACACAGGCGGGAGGCGACACCACACGAAUCAAAUACACGAUCGCCUGUUCUCGGAAUGCUGAUCACGGAGAUGGACGAUUCUCAACUCUCUUCCAUGGUCCGCAAAGGUCUGGCCUCGGUACCAGAACCUUGGGACCUGGGCACAGGCAGACCCUUGCCCCGAGAGACCGACUCAAAAGUCAAUGUUCAUCCGCUUUCCAUUGGUUUGACCACACAUACCUUCUUAGUUGAGAUGAAGCCGAAGGAUCGCUAUCUUCACACUCGAGAGAGGACAGACGAGGGGGUCGCUCCAUGAGCUCACACAAUGGUGGUCGUCGGACAAGAAAAACACACCUAGAGAGGCAUGACAAUCUGAUCGUCGUGAAGCCCAAGAUAGGGUACUGACGGAUAACGAUCUCGUUUUGAGACGGUACAACUUGUUUCUGCAAAUCGAAGUCAUCGUUGACAACCAGACGGGACUCGGAUCGCAGCGGAGAGGGGAGAGCGUUGCUCGUCAAACCCUCUCUGCAAAGCAACGAAGCGGCGUAACAUCCCCUUUGGGCCAUGCGUCCGAUGCCAAGAGGUCGAGGCCUGAAAAGUUCCCAGCCGACUUGUCGCUGCAAGCCAAGGAGUGCACCGGCCAGGGGGAGUCCCAGAACGCGAUGAUACGGCGGUGCCGCAUUGCUCGAUCGAGGCGGCAAAGAUAAGGGGGAGGAGGGGCGAAAC